AUGUCGACCACCGACACCGAAGUUGAUCCCGCCGUGUGGAAUGCAAUUGCAGGCUCCUCUGUUCAAAUUCCUCCACGCAGUUCCCGCGUCUACUACUUCCCACAAGGCCACCUUGAAAAUUCAUCGGCAACCCCAAUUCAGAGCUACGGUUUAUUCCUCAGUCGACCCUUUAUUCUGUGCCAGGUCAGCUCUGUUCAAUUCCUCUCCGAUAACUCCGAUCAAGUUUAUGCUAAAAUUCAUCUGCAGCACCUCCACCCGCGCCGUCCUCGCCUCAGAGACAUUGGCAAUAACAGUGAAAAUGUGCAAAACGACUUGACUUCAUAUGCCAAGAUUUUGACUCGGUCCGAUGUUAACAAACAAUACGGUAGGUUUUGUGUUCCCAAAUCUUGUGCUGAAUUGAUUUUCCCCUGGAUCGAUUUCUCUGCUGAGCCACCAACUGCAUUCCAGAAUUUGAUAUUUAAAGAUAAUUUUAACGUUGCAUGGGAGUUUCGCCAUGUUUAUGGGAUCCGGCACUUUUUAACCUCUGGCUGGAGCAGCUUCUUGAACAGCAAAAAACUUGUUGCCGGGGACUCGGUUGUUUUUAUUCGCAAACACUCCACCAAUGAACUCUUCAUCGGCAUUAGGAGAUCGAUUCACGCGGACAACAUGGGGAGGUGGAAUUUCCCAUUGGCAAAGAGGGAGAAGAGGGAAAAAUUGGCAUUGGAGGCAAUUUCUUUGGCCGAUCAAGGAAUUUCUUUUGAUGUAGAGUAUUAUCCGAGGGUGGGGACUAGGGAUUUCGUAGUUAGUGCAGAAAGGGUGGAGGAAACUUUGUUCAUUUCCAAAAGUUCAGGCUUGAGGGUUAAGAUGGCUGUGGAGACUGAGCUGUUUUCAAAAAAGAAAUGGUUUCUGGGUACCAUCUCCGCGACCACUUCUCCUUGUUGUGGCACAUGGAUUGCCUCUCCCUGGCGAAUGCUUCAGGUAUAUGUGUGUGCCGUAUCUAUUUUUGUUACUGUUUACUAUGAAGUACUGGUGAUAAGACUCUUGAAGGAAAGAUCACUACAACAAAAGGAGCUUUUUAAGGCAUACAUUUACGGCGUGCAUUUACUGCAUGCCGUAAAAAAACUCUAUUUACGGAGUGCGAAUUAUCUUAGCCAUAUGGAGUUUUAG